AUGGCCAGAGUGCUCAGCGACAAGCGGAAGAGGAAGUGUGAUGAGGGCGAUAGAAAGAAAGCAGCAACAGCGGCAUCAGCAUCAGGGCUGAGGAGGCGGGUCCGGGCCAGGAGAGAAGAUGAGAUCAGCUCCCCCUUUACAGAAACAUCGUCCGCGCGAGAACGGGCGCGACCUUUCCUCCUCGCCGUUGCCAGGAUGCCCAUCGACGUGCUGGACACAGCCUGGAGCGUCGGCAGGAACCGCCCUAUUAACGCAGCCCACGUCCAGGAGCUGUUACACGCAUUCAGGAGCGGCGGGCUGGAACGGCGGGCGCCGGAGAACCGGAUCACCGUCCUCUGCAGCGCCGAGGCAGUCAGCCUUAUGCAGCAGGACGGUGGCGGCAUAGAGGGGCGAGAGGAGGACGACGGAGAGGACGACAACGAUGAUAACGACAGUCCUUGCGAGCUCUCCUUUUUACGCUGGGCCGAAGUGAGCGGGGGCCAGGCCGAGGUCAUGGCCGGCCAGCACCGUAUCCAGGCGCUCCGCGAGUACGUCAAGGAGACGGGCGCACCAGGCUCCGACCUAUGGUGGGCGUGCGAGCUGUAUGACAAAGACCGCCUGCCGCGCGACCUGAACGUCAAGCUCCGCGUCAACAGGCGCGAUCCAAGCCUGCCCGACAAUCACGGGCAGAUCUGGACGCAGCUUGCGUCCAUCGCCUGCAUAGGAGGGCAGGCAGACGGACAGCUAGGCGGGGAGGACGCCGCCGUAGACCAGCACGUCGUCGAGGCACUCCGCCUCGGCGGCGAGAAGCAUUUCCCAACGCGGAGGCUCGUUACGUUGUGGAACCACCAGAGAUGGCGGCCUGUCACGACGCAGUGGUGCUGCACAAGGCUGGGGUUAGACACCUUCAAUAUUUCAUACUUUGAGUGGAUUGCUAGCCUCCGCAUCGACGAGUACUGGAUUGAUGCCCUUAACGAGGUUCUCAGCGUUUUAGCCGACCUACCCGCGGACGAGCAGGUCUACAUCACGCCCGCCGACUGGGACAGGCUCUCAACUUGCCAAGCCGCCCCCGAUAUUACGAGCGUAUUCUACACGUCCGGACAGCAGCAGGCGGGGCUUGAAGCACGUACACGGGUCGACGGGUUCCUUGCGAACAUGGACGAUCACACCUACCACCUCGUCCAUGAUGUUAUCACAAACUCGCUGGUGCUUACGUUCCCCGACCUAAGGCGUAUCCUCCACUGCAAGAAGACGGAGAUCCAGAUAGCCGUCCGCGUGCUCUGCCACGUGAUCUGCUGGAUCAGUCCAGAGCAAGCUGCAGCUGUCGACAACGUCAGGCCUAAGGAUAGGAAUAAGCCCCUCCUCCGGGAGCACCUGUCGAUAGCGCUAGACGACCUCGCCUCCCAUAGGGGCUGGGCUCCCGGGGCCUUCCCCGCGAUCGCAGCAGUACAGCUCCAGCGACGUAUUCUGGACUUCGUACGGGACAACCUAGCCGAGUUCCGGGCGCCGGAGCUGCUCCCACUCCUGGAUGAUGACGCGAUAGGCGAUGAGGAGCAGGACAGCGAAGACGGCUUAUACGGGCAGCGCUUCAAGCACGUGGCGUGGGCGCGUCUGCUGAAGAUGGUGCGUCAGUCAACCGACAGGGAGGGCCACACGCUACGCCCGUUGUGGACGACGGAGUGCGCAACAAGGAGGAGCGAGCGCCAGGCCAAGGCCUCUACCCUCGUGCAGGGGUUCUGCGCCAAUCUGUUCAAGCUCGCCGGCCAGCAGGACGUCGCAGCUAGACAAGCUACCCAGCAGAAGGUGGAGGAGCUCGUAAACGCCUACCUCACGCCCUCCAACGGAUCUGCAGCAGCGCUGGACUGCCCUGGCGACGAGGACCAGCCGACACAGGACGCGCCCGCCAUCACCACUAAGCAGUCUGCGCGCCAGCGCCAACAGAGCAGCAGCAACAACAAUAGCAAUGAUGAUGAUGACGACGACGAUGCUCGAGGUGUUUCACAGCCCAGGCGCCGUAACAGUAUUCCCUCCUCCCCCUCCUCCCCCUCCUCCCCUUCCCCGCCGCCGCCGUCACAUCAACAGUGGCGCCCUCUGCCUUCGCCCAAGGCGCCAGCGACCACCGCCAGCCAGAAACCAGUUCCACGCUGGAAGCUGGGGCCUAGAGCUAGGAAACCAGCCAGAGCAGCAGUAUAG